UUUGUUCUUCUUUUUUUUUUUCUUAUCAACGACACAGAUCACUCUCUCCCACGCACACAGAGAGAAAAAAUACGUAAACCCUAAUUGAAUCCCAAAUUUCUUCAAUUAAACUCUAAGUGGAUCCUAAAUUAUUCAAUCAACGAUCAAUAUGGACUCAUCGGCCGCAACAACGCUCAGUUCAGAGCAAACAGAAGCAAACGCCAUUAACAGGCGAGCAGAAACGGGAACGGAAGCACUGACAGAGGCAGGACAGCAACAAGGGCAGUCACAAUCACAGGAAAAGUGGCCGGGAUGGCCAGGAGACAAUGUGUUUAGGUUAAUAGUGCCGGUAUCGAAAGUAGGGAGCAUAAUUGGACGGAAAGGAGAGUUGGUGAAGAAAAUGUGUGAUGAGACACGUGCUCGGAUUCGUAUUCUUGAAGGUCCUCUUGGUAUUACUGAUAGAAUUGUUCUGAUUUCUGGUAAAGAAGAGCCUGAAGCUCCACUAUCUCCUGCAAUGGAUGCAGUAUUGAGAGUGUUCAGGCGUGUGAGCGGUCUAUCUCCUGGUGAGGGUGACAACACAGGUUCAGCUGCCGCUGCUGGCUCUGCAUUUUGUUCCAUAAGGUUACUGGUUGCAUCUGCACAGGCAAUUAACUUAAUUGGGAAGCAAGGAUCCAUAAUCAAAUCAAUACAGGAAAACACUGGUGUAGUCGUGCGUGUUAUGGCAGAAGAUGAUAUACCCUCAUAUGCUACUUCAGAUGAGAGAAUUGUGGAAAUACAUGGUGAAGCUAUGAAGGUUUUUAAAGCAUUAGAAGCUGUAAUAGGACAGCUAAGGAAGUUCUUGGUUGAUCAUAGUGUCAUUCCUAUAUUUGAGAAAACUUACAAUGCAACAAUUUCACUGGAACGCCCUGCAGAUGCCCGCGCUGAUAAUGCUCAGCCCUCGCUGCAUUCUGCUCCUGCAUUUUCAAGUGGGAUUAUUUCUGAUUAUUCCCUAUCUUUGAAGCGGGAUCCAUCAAUAUAUGAACAUGAAACACAUUUUGAACACAAAAUCUCACAACCUGGAUUCUCCCUUUAUGGAGAUCCUGGACUUGGAGGGUUACGUUCAACUGGACUUGGUCGUGCUACUGCUCCUAUAGUAACUCAGGUGACACAGACAAUGCAAGUACCUCUGUCAUAUGCUGAGGAUAUCAUUGGUGUUGCUGGAUCCAAUAUUGCCUAUAUUCGUCGUACCAGUGGGGCAAUCCUUUCAAUACAAGAGAGCAGAGGUUUGCCUGAUGAGAUCACCGUGGAAAUUAAGGGUACCAGUUCUCAGGUUCAGAUGGCGCAACAGCUUAUACAGGAGUUCAUUAGUAAUCACAAGGAACCAACGCCAAAUAUGUAUGGGAAGAUAGAUGUAGGAUUGAAUUCAUAUUCACAAAUUGCAGAAAGUGGCUACCCUUCAUCCUCAUUUACAUCACAUCUAGGAGGGUAUGGAUCCUCAAGUAUAGGAGGGUAUGGAUCUCCCGGUGCAGGAGGUUACAACAGUUAUAGAUUUUGAAUGUGUGCACAAGAUACAUUCGUUGGAUACUUGUUUGAGCAACAUAGUUAUUUGAAAACUUGAGCUCUCUAUUCACUAUUCAGUCAUAGCUAUUUCAUCUUAUAAUAAGAAAAAAUGAAAUGGAUCUAUUUUCUUGUUCAUGUUUA